AUGCGUUGCGUACUGCGGCCUUGCCUGCAGCUUCAGCAGCAACGUGCCGCUGCCGCCGCCGCCGCCGCCGCCUCUGCCUUGCUCUUCGGCGUGCGCCAUCAGGGCAACUCGCUGAUUGGCACGAUUCACGGCGGGGAGUUGUCGCUGCCGAGUGAUCCGCAGGGCGGCUCGCAGCUUUCCGCGCGCAACAUAGCGGUGGAGGCGCUGCAGAUGAAAAAGCUGCAUCAGGAGCGGGGCGGCAACCCGAUGCUCGCGCAGCAGGCCCGCCGUGUGCUCUUCGCCACUUCCAUCGCCGGCCAGAGCCUCGACGCCCGCUCCGUCGCGCUGCUGCUCAACACUGCCGUUUACUUUGGCAUGGAGAGCGACGCGAAGCUCGUGCGGGAGUGCAUCGACUACUGCCUGAAGAACGACAAACUCAUCACCGUCGACGUGCUGCCGAUCGUCGUGACCGCCUGCGCCACCCUCAAGUCGCGCGACGCGCGCGAGGUGAUUGAGAUGCAGGCGCAGAAGGCCGCCCGCAACGCGAAGUACCUGGACGCCAAGGGCGUCGCGAACAUCAUCAGCGCCUUCUCCAAAACCGGCAUCAACCACGAGAAGCUCUUCGGCUUCCUGUCGAAGCGCGUGCAGACGCUCGCGCGUGUGGGGGAGUUUGAGGCGGCGCACCUCGUCAUCAUAGCGAACGCCUUCUCGCGGCUGCGGUACCGCGACAAGUUCCUCUUUGGCGCCAUCGCCCGCCGCGCCAUGUCGCUGCGGGAGCGCGUCACGGUGAACGAGCUCGUCCCGCUCAUCGUCGCCUUCUCGAAGAUUGGGCUGAAGGACCCGAAGCUGAGCAAGCGCUUCGCCACAAAGGCGAUGGAGUACGUGGACCAGAUGAACGCGGAGCAGGUGGCGAGCAUGUUCAUGGCCUUCGCCUACUUCGGCAUCCGCUACGACCAGCUCUUUGGCGUCCUCACCAACCGCGCGGUGGAGCUCAUCGACGAGUUCAACGCGCAGUACAUCAGCACGACCCUCAACGCCUUCCAGCGCAUCGGCAUCAACAACCCGGAGCUCUUCGACAACCUCGCCGAGCGGGCCCUGGCGGUGGUGCAGGACCACGACGCCCGCGACAUUUCCAAGACGGUCACAGCCCUCGCCCACUUUGGGCUCAAGGACGAGGAGCUGUUCAAGCGGCUCGCCUCACACGCCGCGAGCAUCGCCGACCAGUUCGAUGCCCUGGGGCUCGUGAACACCGCCCACGCCUUUGCGCGGACAAACUUUCUGCAGCAGGACAUGGCGGUUGCCUUGUCCGAGCGCAGCGUCUACGUCUGCCGCCAAAUUGACGCGGGGGAGGCGCGCCGGCUGCUGUGGUCGCUCGCAAAGUUUCAGGUGCGAGACCCGAAGAUUUUGACGCCCGUUUUCAAUCGCUGCCUUGCGCUGCACCAGGACUUCUUCUCCGACCCCACCGGCAGUGAGGAGAUUGAGGAGAUCUUUGACAUCUACGGCCCCAACUUUUGCCCACCGCUCUACCAGCUGUACGUUUCCCGUGGGUCCACGCCGCAGAUGUGA